AUGAGAGUAGCCAAUUCUUUGGGCAACAACCAAGCUCAGUCAACCUCGACCACAACCCUUCACCCUAUCUCCAACUUCAGCCUCUCGAUCGUAGUCAGAAGAGCCCUUAAGUCAUCCAUUGCGGAUUGGAGGUCAUCAAAGAAUCUCGAGGUCCCCUCGGCACGGGAGGGUCACGGGGUCGCCACUAGGUCCCGAAGGAUCUCGAGGUCGCCCUCGGCCACAGAGGGUCUUGAGGUUUCCCUCGACCUUAGGGUCUUGAGGUCGUCCUUCUAUCCUCCGCACUUCCCUGUUCCCUUAGUCUCAAGACCAUCUCGUCCGCCGCCGAGCCAAGACUACGCCAGUUCAGACGACAUACUUUUAGGAAAAACGGAAAAGAUGAGAAGGCAAGGGGGCCACUACGGGGGCGAUUCGGACAGCGGCCGCGGGGACGGCGGUGGUCACCGCGGGUACGGCGGUUCCGCCGCUCAAAUGCACCAGCAGCACCCCAGCAGCAAGUCCAGCUAUUACCAUGGACGCCACCAGGAACAGCAAACCCUCGGCGAAAAGGAAGGAGGCUCGCAGCAUAACAAUCAAUGGCUGUGGGAGAGAGAUGGCGCGCAGGAUAAAUUGCCACAAACGGCUAUGUCGCCCACCGCGCCUUUCUCUGAAGGGCGUGAAGCACCUAGAUCAUAUUACCAAACCCAGAGGUUGGAUCCCCGGAUGCCAAUGGAGAGACAAGGUGGUGGGGAUCCUAGAGAUCAAUCUCAGGAGGAGGAUAUGGAUAUAGGCUAUGAUGAUAAUCAUGUAAUCCAGACAUUUGAAGGUCUUGAGCAGAGGUUCCUUGAUGACAUUUUGAAGCUCAGCAAAGAACAAGUUGAUGCAGAGGACGCUGAAAAUGCCAGGCAUCGGGAGAGAAUAAAUACAAUCAACGCACAAUAUGAGGAACAGCUGUUGGCUCUGCGGGCCCGGCACGCCACCCGACGAGAUGAGUUUCUCCAAAAAGAAUCCGUAGCAAGACAACAGCAAUAUCAGCAAAUCUUCAUGGAAUUUAAUCCGGUAGCUGCAUCUGCUGGGGAGUCCCACAUUGGUUACAACUCCGAACCCUACGACUCGUACAGCGAGAGGACACGUUUUCCUGGCGGUGCUCGGGAUCACAGGUACGAGUCUAAAGUCCCAUACCCAAAGGGACGUGCUUAUAAUAAUGAUUCUGGCUCUCAUUAUUAUUAG